AUGUCCGCCGGUAUAUUCAGGCCGCCCAUGCCCAAUCAAGCCGUGGCGACUCUCCUCCUGAUCGAGAACUCUCGGACAAUGGCCAGCCUUUGGUCGGAUCUACGUGAUCAUUACCUCCAACCCUUAGUGGAGACGCUUGAAAGGCCAUACCCCCCUGUGCCAACUACAAUGUUCGUAUUACCCAGUUUGCCCCCGACUGACGAUCCGAGCUUGUAUUCUGCAGUUCAUCAUCAGUCGAAUGGGUUGCAUAAUGGGUUACGCGACAUUCGUUUCAAUUAUGAUCCAAGCAACCGCCUCACGCCUGCACGAAUUAGUACAGGCAUUGAUCUUCUCGCAUCCACCAAGUUCCAAGGGCAGGCAGCCGCGCUCCAUCUCGUCAUCGUAGCUGCGACAGCUCCAUCAGAAGACCCAACCGGCCUGGAAUUAGGUCUGCCUCCCGAGGGAGGCUCAGUAUGGCAUCUCCUCGCCGAGAAGAUGAGCCAGGCUGAUAUCCUGUGUCACAUUGUCCUCGCAUCGAGUCAAAACAUGAGCUCAUUAACGUCCAUGUUUGAUGAAACGAUACGCUUACAGAAGAACGUGGAAGUCGCACCUUGGUUUCCUACGGACCAAGAGAGCUAUAUAACCCGGCUGUCUUCAAGGCCUGGCCAUCAAGGCUAUUCUCACCUAGUCUCCGCUCCCUAUAGUCCUCCACCUCUUCCUCGCUCCCCCCCAGAUAUUCCCAACGCCGCCAACUCAAUGCACCACCAAGAGCAGCUUGCACCGCUAGCGACGGUAAAAGUCGAGGCUUCGCCUUCCACUAGCCUGGUCUCCCAACUCCAGCAAGUACACGGAUUGACGAAGAAAAAGGUAUACGGUACCAAACCAGCUAGGCAGCCAUUUUUCCGAGACGAGCGCCCGCCAGCGCAGCACCCAGUGCCCUUGCCACUGAAGCUAGCAUCCAUUCCUCCUGCAAUAAUCGAUGUACCCACCCAAGCCGCCACCUCGCCUCAACCGCGAGACGGCCGGGCACCAUCUCAUUCCAGGGUCGAUCGCCUCAUGCGCCUGAACCAGGGCAGUCCUACCGAUCAACAUCCUCGCUUGCGAGGCCGUUGGUCUCGACGAGGUUCGCGCUUGUCCUCGCCCGAGGGUGACGCGCUUCCCUCACCUGGAUCGUUAUCUUCGCUUAGCGAGAUGUCGUCAGCCACGAGCUACUUCUCGUCAACCGUGCCAUCGCCUGUUUCACCUUCUGCAACGAUCGACGACGUGUAUCAGGUUCAACCCAUCAUCCAGACAACGAGUCCUGGGCUGAUGAUGCCCGGAGACGGCGGGGUAAUUCCUGAGCCACCGUGGCUCCAGCAUCAACAGCAGCAUGCAUUCUCUGAGGCCGCCGCUUACUCAACUAAACCUCGCCAAGCUCCUCGUGCGGUACUGCCAGCCAACCACAAUGGCGCUAUGGUAACAGAUCAACCGUACUACCACACCACAUUGCAAUACAAUUACACGACGAGUCCUUCCACCCCUAGCCUGAAUCCUUACGAUCCGGCUAGACCCCCCACACUCUCCGAAGAACAACAGCACCUUCCCAGCUCUCCCCAAAAUAUGGGUAUGCCGGCACCAGCCUCACGCCGUACCACAGUACCACUCUCUGGAAAGGCGCCUCCUUCACACGCUUCGGUUGCUGAGCGAGUGCCACGCUCUAAAUCCUUUUCGAAGUCGGCUAUGACUCUUCCUGCUUCUUCGCUGGAUCUGAACUUUGACACUCUCCCUCCGCUGUCGCCUGAGGAUGGGGAUAGGCCCUUCUUCAUCUUUGAGCAAAACCAGCCGGAUCCCCCUCCAACCACGACGGCUCUCUUCAACAGCUCCAUGGCGACCCGAGGUUCGAUACAGCAACAAACAGAGCCGCUAGUACGCGACUACCAACCCUACGAGGCAGACCAACGGCAAAUCAUCUCGUCGCCGUCGCCGCAGACGACCCCACCCAUGUCCUACUACGAUCAUGCUGGCUUCUACCAGCCAACCUACUCCCAACAGUAUACGAGAGAAAACACUGACUACAUUCAGCCGGUGGUCAACACCAGCUCGUCUCUCACUGGCUGGGCUGGCUGA